CGUCUAUGUCGUGAAUAUUUUGUCACUCUGAGUGAAGCUCUUAUCUCUUAGAGGACCAUGAAACAACCUUGGUUACACGAUCUCCGUCGAGGCUGAGUACAAAGUCAUGGCAGGUGAUGUAAGUGAGGUUAUCUAGCUUAGAGCUCUUCUUCGUGAGAUAUGUGUUGCUUCUGUUGGUCCCACAGAUUUUCAUUGAGAUGAUCAGGCGACUCUUCAUAUUAUCGCUAAUCCUGUGUUUCAUGAGCGUACGAAGCACGUUGAAAUGGACUGUUAUUUCGGUCAUAUCAUAUCACGUCCCAUGAAAUUCUUCAUAAGAAGGUUUCUACUCGUGAUCAGCUUGUUGAUCUUUUUACUAAAAAUCUUCCCAAUGAUCGUUUUCAAGAGCUCCUGUUGAAGUUGGCAUUAGUAAUUUGCAUGCCUCAACAUGCGGGGAAGUGUUGGGGGUGUAUAAUUAAAUGUUUUUUUUUUGGUGCAGUAAAUAUAUUUUCAUGUCUUUGUACUCCCUCAAAAUAGUAAUUGCUAAUUACACAGGAAGAAAAGUUAUUUCUUCAUUAAUUGCUAACUUGGACCUAAAGCCCAACUUCCCCACUACGGCACUACCCCUGAAAAUCUCUUAUCUUCUCUUGCUAUGUUAUUCAUGGAUCUAAUGCUUUAGUUGACUCGAGAAAAAAAAGAAGAACUAACAAUAAUGCAGAAUGAAAGGCCUUGUAGACUGUAUAGGUGUUCUGAAUUCUGAUCCUGACCUCUGCAUAAUAACACUAAGACCUACAUCCUAAUCCUAGUUUGCUCUAUCGCUUCUGCCUUCCUUCCUUCCUUGGCCCACUCUGGAAGAAAAGGAUGACCGACCAUGGAUGGAGAGACUGAAAACAAACAUAGUCGAAGUGGGCUGGUUGGUUGGUUUGCCAUCAUGGUCCCAUCUCCCGGCCCAUUUCUCACCUCCUCUUCUCCUUCGUCAACUGGUUGGUUCUCCCAUUUGAUACUUACCUUUCUGGAAAGAAACUAGGAAGUGUAAACUCGUUAAGGGGUGGGAAAAUGAUUCUGUGAACAGUUGCAAUUUCUAAGCUCAAAUCAUCACAGUAAACUCUCACUGCAUUGCUCUAACUGAGUGGUCACCACAAGGGAAGUUCACGUACAGAAGAGAUCUUUCACACAAACGUGGGCAGCAUCGUUGCAAUGUUUUGUUUCCUUUUCCUUUCUUUUAACUUUUUCCCUCCACUACCCUCUCCAACUUGGCCUCAACACAACUGCAUGCGCAUCAGCAGCAGGCCUGCAUACUUGGAACUUACAACUUCGCCAUUCCCCUCCUACCUACAUAGCUAGCUGCUAUGAAUUCUGUUCGUAAGUGGCAUAUGAUGCAUAAUUGAAUUUGAACAUCUCCUAACAAUUCGAGUGAUUUGUACCAACUGAAUGUUAACAUGAUAUCAGAGUUUUCUAUAAUCGAAAGGUCUUCUGCUAGAAUCUCGGUGACCCUAUUUGUUAAGCUUACCAUAUUUGAACCUGUGGAAACUUCAAACUCGUAUGAGUAGGAUUUUCGUUUGAGAGGGUGUGCUAGUAAGUGGUAUAUGAUCCAUAAUUGAAUACCUCCCAACAACUUAAGUUAUUCGGACUAACUGAUUCGUUCUAAUUGGUGGCUGCAACUCCCUUCUUGCUACUAGUAUAAAUAACCAACAUGCAUGACAUUCCCCUUUGUAAAUUACUCCCACUAACAUGAAAUCCCCUCUCUUUCAUCUCUUGGCUUUUGCCUCCAUUUCCUUCUUCGUUUUCUUCUUCUCAACCUUCCCAGUAACAACCCAUUUCUCCAUCACACACUCAAAUCACUUGCAGGUUGUCUCCCACAUCUCACUCCCACCAGAAAUCCCUCCCACUGACCCUCCAUCUCCAUCUCCAUCUCUAUCUCCCUCUCCAUCACCUUAUGAGCCUACUGCAGUUUUCAGUGUGCUCUCUUACGGUGCAGUUGGUGAUGGUGAAGCAGACGACACUUCAGCUUUCAAGAUGGCAUGGGACAUUGCCUGCAGCCAAACAGAAUCCGUGAUCCUCGUAGCUCCAGCUGGUUAUCGCUUCAUCGUUCACUCUACUAUCUUCACUGGACCUUGUCAAACUGGCCUCAUUUUUCAGAUUGAUGGAACCAUAAUGGCACCGGAUGGACCGAGAUCAUGGCCGAAAUACUCCGACAAGAGACAGUGGUUGGUGUUCUACAAUGUCACAGGCAUGACAAUGCAGGGUGAUGGUGUUGUAGAUGGGAGAGGACAUAAAUGGUGGGAACUCCCCUGUAAGCCUCAGAAAUUUCAGGCGAUUCGUGGAACAAAAGUAGCUCCUCCCCCCUGUGAUAGCCCAGUUGCGAUAAGGUUCUUCAUGAGCUCAAACCUCACAGUUCAAGGAUUCAAAGUGCACAACAGUCCUCAGUUCCACUUCAGGUUCGACCAAUGUCGAAAUGUCGUGGUGCGAAAGCUCGACAUCAACUCGCCUGCUUUGAGUCCUAAUACAGAUGGGAUUCACAUCGAAAACACCAACAACUUCAUACUACAGAGUUCUCUCAUCUCCAAUGGAGAUGACUGUGUGUCCAUUGGAGCAGGAAGUUAUAAUGUUCACAUACAGAACAUUAGCUGCAGCUCAGGCCACGGGAUUAGCAUUGGCAGCCUAGGGUCCCGUAACUCAAAAGCCUGUGUAUCGAACAUCACAGUGUCUGACUGCUUCAUCCAUCAGUCUCAGAACGGUGUACGAAUCAAGACAUGGCAAGGAGGGUACGGCUCGGUAUCCCAGGUCAAGUUCCACAACAUCUGGAUGGAAGGUGUCCGAAACCCUGUGAUCAUAGACCAGUACUACUGCCUCUCCGGGAACUGCUCCAACCAGACCAGUGGAGUCUACAUACAUGAUGUCUCUUACUCAAAGAUCCGGGGCACGUACGAUGUCAGGAGCCCUCCAAUGCAUUUGGCCUGCAGCGAUUCGGUGCCCUGCAGGGACCUCAAGCUGUCGGAUAUAGUGUUGGUCCCCGGAGCUGCUGAUGGUCGAGUAGGAGAGAAGAACCCAUUCUGCUGGAAUGCUUAUGGAGCAAACCAGACGCUCAUCGUCCCUCCUGUUUCUUGCUUGAUGGGAGGGAGUCCAGAUUUGAUGAUGGACUUGAAGGAUGAUCUUUGUUGACCUAACUUUAGCAACCAUUUUGGAUUCCAGCAAACACAAAAAGAACAAGAAAAAACACUAGGCCUUGACUUGGGAACUGGGUGCUGCCACAUCUACUAAAUGGCAACAUUCAGUAGUAUGAUGUACAAUCUUUCUCGGCGCAAAAUAGAAAUUGCAGACUACAUAUUCUUAGCUACUGGCUGUGGACGGUAGCAAUAAGGUAGAGGAAUCUCUCAUAGUAUAUCAGGCAAGAGAGGUCUACUAAAGAUGAUGCAAGUUGAAAGUAGGAGCAAGCAUGUAAAUGUUGGUACAAAAUGCAGAUGAAAGAAGGGAAGGAUAGUAGGGGACCAGGGAGGCCAAACUUGCACCCCUACAGUUGGGCGGCUGCCCUAAAUAAGGCUUUUACCAGAAG